AGCCGCAGCUGUACACACCUGCCAAGAUCCUCUCUGCGGCGAGAGCGACCACUCCGCCGGCUGAGGACUACAACAGGCACUUCCGCUUUGCAAAAGUGGGCGUCGCCCUGCCGACAGACUUUGCGUGAGGUUGUUUCCGUCGGAAGGAGCGGCGCUGCGGCCCCGGUGUUUCCGUGUCCGGCAGCAGAGCAGCAGCGUGAGCCCUCAGCCCUCAGAUCCUCCAGCGACAACAUGCAGGACCCAAACGAAGACACGGAGUGGAACGACAUCCUGAGGAAGAAAGGCAUCCUCCCUCCCAAAGAGAUUCCCAAAGACGAUGAGGAGGAGGAGCUGGCCCUGCAGCAGCAGCAGUCUGUCGUCAAAACGUACGAGAGCAUGACGCUGGAGGAGCUGGACGAGAACGAGGACGAGUUCAGUGAAGACGACGAAGCCGCCAUCGAGAUGUACAGACAGAAGCGGCUGGCCGAGUGGAAGGCGACCCAGAUGAAGAACGUGUUCGGCGAGGUGACGGAGAUUUCGGGACAGGACUACGUCAAGGAGGUGAACAAGGCCGGAGACGGAAUCUGGGUGGUGCUGCACCUCUACAAGCAAGGCAUCCCUCUGUGCACGCUGAUCAACCAGCACCUGAGCGCGCUGGCCAGGAAGUUUCCCCAGACCAAGUUCCUCAAGUCCAUCUCCACCACCUGCAUCCCCAACUACCCCGACCGCAACCUGCCCACCAUCUUCGUCUACUUCGAGGGCGAGAUGAAGGCUCAGUUCAUCGGCCCGCUGGUGUUCGGAGGCAUGAACCUCACAGUGGAAGAGCUCGAGUGGCGGCUCUCCGAGUCCGGCGCCAUCAAAACGGACCUGGAGGAAAACCCCCGCAAGCAGAUCGAGGACAAGCUGAUGACGUCGAUCAGAUCGUCGCUUCCCACGCGGAAAGACGGCGACUCGGACGACGAGGACUAUUAGGGAAAGUUUUAUAAAAAAGGAAAAACAAAAACACAGAAGGACACCAGCUGAAGGCUCUGGAAAACCCUCCCAGAGACGAUAACGCACCUCUCACGAUGAUUUAUAUUUGAAUCAUCCAGACGCCAUCAGGACGCUCCGACCGGCUGGAAUCGAACCGGCAACCCCUCCAUCUUAAUCUAACCUCUAAACACCGUCAUCAUGUUUAUGUCAUUUGAACAAAUCUAAAACUGUCAUCUGCAUCUGUACAACAAUAUUCAGAGACAACCUUUUUUAUUUCAUGUCAGCGUGUGAAUGUCACAACGUGUGUGUGUGUGUGUGUGUGUGUGCAUCGCUGACUGUCCAGUGAAAUGUGAGUUCAUCUCCGUUUGCCACAAUCAGGCUGCCAGUUUUUGUUCAAAGUUGUUGCUCUGUUCUGGUGAUCUGUGCCCGUCGACGACAUAAAGGACUCGCUCCGGAGUCAUAAUGAGUUUAUUUUCUAUCAGCAGAAGCAUCAUUUAUCUGUGUAUUUGUCUUAUUUCCCUGUAAACGCCUCACACACACACACACACACACACACACACUGUAACACUGAUUAACACACACAGACACAACAGCAGGCACGGCAAUGCAGUGUCUCAUUUUUUUUUUGUGUGUACAGUCAUUUAUUUUAUGGAAAAUAAAUCAGGUUUCUUUCCGGGGAGACAUUUUGAAGAUUCUGCGCGGGCGAGGCGGCGUGAACGUCCGGCCGCCUACAGCAGCUCAGGCAGGGCUCGGAUCUUCUGGGGAAAAAAGAGAAGAGAAAAAAAAAAUCACUGUUAAUGUUUAACAUACGACAUGACUGCACACACAGAAAACUAAAGGUGCUAACUGGAACCAAAAAGAACCACGUCUGUAGACGGCUCUUUAAAGAACCCCUGAAGGCGCCUCAAAGAACCCUCAGAAACGGUUCCUUUAGGAGCCGUAAGUGAUUCUCUAACCGUGUUAUGUUGUUACGUUCAAAUUCACAAACAUCUUUUAUGUUUGGGGUCCAUUUGACCCCAGAAGUUUAAACCUCCACAAAAUCAUUAUCAUUAAAAUUGUUAUCAAAGUUUA